GUUUUGGAGCCUGAGAACUGCGCGGACACGCAGCUGCGUGGGGGAGUGAAACGUGGGAAAGACCUGAUAAUAAAGUCUGGGUUCAGCUUCAAAUCGGACUGACCGCCGUGAUGAUGAAGUCUCUGCUGGCUCUAAUCGGAUGCACCUUUAUGUUUAUUUCCAGCCAAUCUUUACACCCGAAGAGACGUUGUGUGUUCCAGGCAAAUCCAAAGCACAGUUAUAGAAAGGCUGGGAAUGUGACCGGCUCAGUGGAGCACUGUGAGCGCACACACUGCUGUGUGGGCUACUAUCUUCUCAUCAAUGGCCAGCCAGAGGUCAAACUUCAGGCUUGCAGUCCCAUUGAAACUUCUUGCCCAGAUGCAACCUGCAAGGCAAUAUUAAGCCUGAACAAUAAUGUCCUCAAGUGUAUGUGUAACAUAGAUCUCUGUAAUCACAACAUUACUUGGGAACCAGAGCUGGAACAACCUCAGGGUGCAGCUUCUCAUUCUAAAGAAUACUUGAAAGUUGCUGCAGUUGUGUUUGUCACCGGAGCCAUUUGCUUUGCACUAGUUGUAGCCAUAUGGAUCCACAUCAAAGAGACAAAGGAGAAUCAGCCAAAGUCCGUUCAGGACGACUCUCUGACACCGCCAAAAACCUCUGAGAUUGAGUGCGCAGCUGUUGCUCUCCAGCAGAUCGUGGGCUGUGGCCAUUUUGCCACUGUUUGGCAGGGAAAGUACCAGGGAUCAGUGGUGGCUGUGAAAGUGUUCCCAGUCGGGUGUAAACAGAACUUCAUUUUGGAGAAAGAGGUGUACGAGCUGCCACUGAUGAAGCAUACUGGGAUUGUCCACUUCCUGGGCAGUGGGAGGAAAGUGGAUAGUGGUGAUUGCUUCUUGGUCCUGGAAUUAGCUGAAUAUGGUUCCCUUCACUCCUUUUUGUGUAAUCAUGCGAGCAACUGGAUGCUGUCACUGAAGUUGUGCCAGUCCUUAUCGCAGGGACUUUCCUAUCUCCAUACUGACCUUCUCAGAAAUGGUGCACACAAACCUCCUGUGGCCCACAGAGACCUGAGCAGCUCCAACGUGCUUGUUAAAGCAGACAGUACUUGUGUCCUGAGUGACUUUGGAUGCUCCUCUGUCCUCUCUUCAUAUAGAGAUCGUCCCCGCUGGCAGAGCAAUACCACAGUCCGGCAGCUUGGCACACUGCACUACAUGGCCCCUGAGAUCCUGGAAGGAGCUAUAAACCUAAGCUGUGACGGUUCUCUGCUGCAGGCGGAUGUCUACUCUUUGGGGUUGCUACUAUGGGAGAUUGUCACACGAUGCUCUGAUCUAUUUGAAGGUGAUGUUCCUGAGCAUCGCUUGCCUUAUGAGUUUGAACUGGGAGCCAAACUCAAGUUUGAGACACUUCUUGUCUACGUGGCUCACUUGGAAAACAGACCCUCAAUACCUGAGCACUGGGAACACAUACCGUUGGGCUGUACCCUGCAGAAGCUUGUGACAGGUUGUUGGGACCAAGAACCAGAUGCCCGGUUUACAGCGCAAUAUGUUUUGAACAAAUUACUUUCUCUUCCGGCUGAUUCUUCUCAGUCCUUUUGA